AUGUCGGAAAGGGAAGAUAAUGUGUAUAAAGCUAAGUUAGCUGAGCAGGCCGAGCGUUAUGAUGAAAUGGUGGAGGCGAUGAAGAAUGUAGCCUCACGAAAUGUGUCAGAUAAUGAACUCACAGUUGAAGAGAGGAACCUCCUCUCGGUGGCAUACAAGAAUGUGAUUGGUGCCCGCCGGGCAUCAUGGAGGAUUAUCUCUUCAAUUGAACAAAAAGAAGAAACAAAAGGCGCAGAGGACAAGCUGAACAUGAUCCGCGCCUACCGCAGCCAGGUGGAGAAGGAGCUGCGCGACAUCUGCUCGGACAUACUCGGCGUGCUCGACAAACACCUCAUACCCAGCUCGCAGACCGGCGAGUCCAAAGUUUUCUACUACAAAAUGAAGGGCGACUAUCACCGGUACCUGGCGGAGUUCGCGACGGGCAACGACCGCAAGGAAGCGGCGGAGAACUCGCUGGUCGCGUACAAGGCGGCCUCCGACAUCGCCAUGACGGAGCUGCCCCCCACGCACCCCAUCCGCCUCGGACUCGCCCUUAAUUUCUCAGUAUUCUACUACGAGAUCCUGAACAGCCCGGACCGCGCGUGCCGGCUGGCGAAGGCGGCGUUCGACGACGCCAUCGCCGAGCUGGACACGCUGUCGGAGGAGAGCUACAAGGACUCCACGCUCAUCAUGCAGCUGCUGCGCGACAACCUCACGCUGUGGACGUCCGACAUGCAGGGCGACGGCGAGGCCGAGGCCGACGCCAAGGAGCCCGCGCAGGACGUCGAGGACCAGGACGUGUCG